UAUUGUGAGGCACCUCUCAUUAUCUUGAAAGGUCGAGGCCAGGCUCAGCUGGGUGGUUGCUCCUUAACAGGGGAACGCUUGAGCUGCCAAAGCGCGGCGGCGGCGGCGGCCGCAAUCAUUCUGACGUCUCGCCAAACAGCUCGUUUAAGUGGGAAGAGAGGGCAGAGCGCGGAACGUCCUGCGAGCAGAAGAAGCUCGACUAAACUGUAUCGGCCGCUCGGUGGAACCGGGUGCUCAAAUAAAGGGCCAAUCUUCCUCGCACCGCGCGUGCAUGACUGGUGCCGAGGGCCAAGGUAGCGCUCGGGUGGCGGUCGCGUCAAGCGAUUUAGGUUCGCUACAAGCAUCCCCCUCACAGCGGGCCGACGCUCAACAGUGCAUCCUCCGAGUGCGUGGGAAAAAAAAAGUGUCCCCCCUCGUUAACCUGAGUGAGUGAAGGUGACGAUGGUAACCGGCAUCUUUUACGGGGAGAAACUGCUGGACGCGGAUGGCAGGACCCACAAUCACGCAAGCUACGCAGUCAGGACAGGUCGCAAGCUGCUGGGUGCCUGCCGUGUGCUCAAGGAGUCUUGGCGCCUCGUGUACAUCAUAUGGGUACCCAUCCUUCUUGUUCCAGUGGCAACGAGCAUAGGAGGAAAGCUCGGCUGGUGCGCUUACUGCUUGCUGUUGAUGGCUUUCUACUGGUCGGCGGAAGUGAUACCGCUGGCGGCCACUUCACUCAUGCCGGUCUUCCUGUUCCCGUUCUUGGGUAUACUGCCGUCCAGCAAAGUGGCCACCUUUUACCUGAAUGACCUCGGAAUGAUAUUGCUGUGUUCACUAGUCAUGGCCGGAGCGGUGGAAACCUGCAAUCUGCACAAGAGGAUAGCCCUCAAGUCUUUACUCGUCAUAGGAACGAGUAAUAUCAGACUGCUACUUGGCUUUAUGCUAGUCACCAUGUCAUUAUCCAUGUGGAUUCCGAACACUGCCUCGACGUCCAUCAUGGCACCCAUAGUCAUGGCUGUCGUAGACCAGAUGCACACCCCGACUAAAUCGCCUUCCAAGGACGUAGAAAGUUCUGAUCUUGAAACUCUAACCAGUCGACCACAGCCAGUUCACAAAGAUGACGAGAAGGCAGGUGGCGAGGAUUCUUCGCUGGCUGCUGAUUCCGAGGAGGCCUCUCGGCAGAAGAUACUCCGCACGACAAUGCUUCUUUCUGUGGCAUACGCUGCGAAUAUUGGAGGAACCGGAUCUCUCAUUGGCACGGGGUCCAACCUUAUACUUAAGGGUCUCAUGGAUGACAUUUUUCCAGAAUCUACAGACUUGAGCUUUGCAACAUGGAUGCUUUACAACGUGCCGACCAUGCUGAUUUGCGUUCUCAUCGGGUGGACAUACCUCCAAUUCUCCGCAAGGACAGCAAUGAGAGGACCUUCCUCAGGUGCUUCGGAAGAAAAUAUUCGUGAGCAGAUUUCGAGCAGAUACCGGGACCUGGGUCCUAUGAGUUUUUCCGAGUGGUGCGUCACGUUUCUGAUGACUUCAAUGGUCCUUCUCUGGUUCACGAUGAAGCCCCAGAUUUUCCCGGGCUGGGUGGAAAUGAUUCCUCAUGGAAAGUACAUAAGGUCGUCCGCCCCUGCCAUGAUGGCCACGUUCCUGCUUUUCGUGAUUCCCAAAGAUCCCCGCAAGCCCGGGGGCCGAACACUCAUCACGUGGCGGGAGGCCAACGAGCGCGCUCACUGGGGUAUCAUGCUACUCAUCGGAGGUGGCAUGUGUCUUGCUGAGGGCUGCAAGCAAUCAGGCCUGUCAGCGCUUCUGGUGCACCACCUGAAGUGCCUUGACGUGCUUCCUCAGCCGCUGAUGGUCUUCGUCCUCUGCUUUGCCACGUCCAUGUUCACCGAGGUGGCGAGCAACCCGGCCGUCAGUUCCAUACUCUUGCCAGUAGUUUUUGAAAUGGCGAUAGCGAUGCAGGUGCAUCCGCUAUACCUCGCAAUGCCGGUUACGAUCGGCGCUUCGUUUUCCUUCAUGCUCCCUGCUGCCGCACCACCUAACGCGAUCGUGUACGAGCUGGCGGAAAUAACAAUUCCUGAUAUGGCAAAGCCAGGAUUCUUCAUGAACAUGAUCUGCGUCUUGGUGGAAGUCGGCAUGAUUCACGCUAUAGGCUUUCCCAUCUUUGGCCUUGGAAAGUUUCCUUCCUGGGCUAGGCCCCCCGAGGCUACGGUAUCUUUAACAGCUGUCCCAAGCACGACAGACUUUAUGUCGUUGCCAGCAGUGGUGACCACAUUUAACUACACACAAGUCGCGUAACGUAUGUGCUUGACCAGCGGCAAUUUGUCCCUCUUCAUUUCUCAGCGGUCUGUGGAGCUCGGACAUUACGCAUGUCUUUAGCUUCCACUUCUUCGUUAUUGUAUACCCACAAAUUGAGUAACUUUGGCAGCAAUAACGGCAACUUCGAAAACAAGAGGACCAAUCUCUACACACGUUUUUUUAAGGAACUUAUCGGUACGCAACCACUGCACACCUUUAUGUAACCCCCUUCCAAAAAAAGAAAACAUGCAAUGACCGAUAAAUUACUGCAGCGUUCACAUCUCCGAUGUUGCAUUUCAAGGAAGGACGGAACGAGUAGCCUGAGCGUGAAGUUGAUGCACCCACUACUUUACGAUGGUGGACCAAGCUGUACCGAAGAUCUUGCUUCUCCAAGAAGAAGUCGCCAGCUAAUUAAGGAGCCGCUUCCACUGCUCUUUCCGUACAACUUCUUUGUGCACGCUACUCUAUGGUGUAUACUCAACCAAGCUGAAGCACAACCAACAACCAUAACAUGAAGGAAUACUCCCGACUGCGAAUUUUCUAAACACGCCGCAACAUUCAGAAAAAUUUUUUUUCGUUGGUGUCAAGUAGAAGUGACGUAUUCUUUCUAUUUGUUGUCCUUUUUCUCCUAAGGGAAUCACUUUUGCAGCCAUUUAUUUUACUGCAUUGUUUUUUUUUGCAAGAUGUCACAGAUACUGUUAAUGAGCCUUUCUCGUUUACGACUUAUCUGUUGGCUGCUUUGAGCAAAUAAGAGCGCGCGAAAUCUCUCACACGAAAUUGCAGACCGCUGACAUGUGAGAUUACAAGCGAGUGCUAGGCCAGAGACGACAACGUAGUUCGGAUACUGGUCUGCUAGUUAAGCGUCACUGUGAAAUUCUAGAGAAGAAAUAAGGAGUCAACAUUCAUUCAUUCAUUCAUUCAUUCAUUCAUUCAUUCAUUCAUUCAUUCAUUCAUUCAUUCAUUCAUUCAUUCAUUCUUUCAUUC